AUGAGUCGCCAGGCGAGCUACAGCCAGCAGUCCUGUAGGUCUUCCAGUGGGGGCCGCCGCCAGGGCUUCAGCGGCCAUUCAGCUGUGGUGUCCGGCCAGAGCCGGAUCAGCUCCACCAAGUCCUCAUCGGCCUCACGCUCAGGAGGGGGUAGCAGUGGGUCUGCUGCCUGUGCCUUGAUGGGAGGAGGUUUUGGCAGCAGGAGUCUCCACAAUCUUGGGGGCAACAAGAGGAUCUCCAUCAGCGUGGCUGGAGGCAGCACCCGGGGUGGCGGGUUUGGUGGGGCUGGUGGGGGAUGCUUUGGAGGCAGUGGCUUUGGUGGUGGUGGAAGAGGAAUGAGUGGAGGUGGCCCUGGUGGCUUCCCUGGGGGAAUCCAUGAAGUGACUGUCAACCAGAGCCUCCUGCAGCCUCUCAAUGUGGAGAUCGACCCCCAGAUUGGGCAAGUAAAGGCCCAGGAACGGGAGCAGAUCAAGACCCUCAACAACAAGUUCGCCUCCUUCAUCGACAAGGUGCGGUUCCUGGAGCAGCAGAACCAGGUCCUGGAGACCAAGUGGAGCCUCCUGCAGGAGCAGGGCUCUGGUUCUAACACCAACGACCACAACCUCGAGCCUUUCUUUGAGAACUACAUCAGCAGCCUCAAGGCCUACCUAGAUGGGCUGCACAAUGAGAAGAAAAGGCAGGAAGGGGAGCUGAGGAGCAUGCAGGAGUUGGUGGAGGACUUCAAGAAGAGGUAUGAAGAGGAGAUCAACAAGCGCACAGCUGCCGAGAACGACUUCGUGGUCCUGAAGAAGGAUGUCGAUGCUGCCUACAUGACCAAAGUGGAGCUGGAGGCCAAGGUGAUGAGUGUGACAGACGAGAUCAACUUCCUGAAGGCCCUCUACGAUGCUGAGCUGUCCCAGAUGCAGUCUGACACCAGCGACACGUCCGUGGUGCUGUCCAUGGACAACAACCGCUGCCUGGACCUGGACAGCAUCAUCGCCGAGGUCCGCGCCCAGUAUGAGGAGAUCGCCCAGAGGAGCAAGGCAGAGGCCGAGGCGCUGUACCAGAGCAAGUUGGGAGAGCUGCAGACUACGGCUGGCAGGCACGGGGAUGACCUGAGGAACACCAAGACUGAGAUCUCGGAGCUCAACAGGAUGAUCCAGAGGCUGCGGGCUGAGAUCGAGAGUGUCAAGAAGCAGAACGCCAACCUGCAGACGGCCAUCGCUGAUGCAGAACAGCGUGGAGAAGUGGCCCUCAAGGAUGCUAAUGCCAAGCUUCAGGACCUCAAGGUCGCCCUGCAGCAGGCCAAGGAGGAUCUGGCCCGGCUGCUGCGCGAGUACCAGGAGCUGAUGAGUGUCAAACUGGCCCUGGAUAUUGAGAUUGCCACCUACCGAACCCUCCUGGAGGGCGAGGAGUGCAGGAUGUCGGGAGAGUGCCAGAGUGCCGUGAGCAUCGAGAUGGUCCACAACACCAGCAGCUACAGCGGCGGCGGCAGCGCCAGCCAAGGGGGCCUGGGCAGCAGCGGGGGCUCCAGCGGGAGCUCGGUGGUGCGCGGGGGCAUCUCCAGUUCUGGGGGCUCGUGCUCCGCCAGCGUUGGCGGCGGGGGCAGUGGCAGCAGCUCGGGCCGCGUCUCGCAAAGCUCGUCCCAGAGCCAGCGGUCCCACCACAAAUUCUGAACCGGGUGUCUGAGCUGUUCCCGGAUUCCCACCCCUCAUUGCCCACCAGCUCCCCCCAAUUCUGCGUGCUUUCCCCCAUUUUCCCUCCGCUUCUUCCCACCUGGGCCCAUGAGCAGACAGUGGCUGCAUGGCAGCCCAAAAGUUGCCGAAAAGGAUGAUGUGAGUGGGCUGAAGAAUCAUCUACCCCAAGGUCAGGGCAGGAGGCAGAGCCCAGCAGCUGGGCCAAGUCACCGCCUCUGCUCCUCAGUCCCCUCCCUUCCAGCCACAUGUCCUGUUGCCUUGUGGGAGGGCCUCAGGGAGCCAUUUCCCCACCCCGGUGU